ACUUCAAAAAAAUCUUACAUGGAAAUAAUUCUUAAUAAACCUUUUCUUUGCUGUUUGUAAGCCAAGAAUUGCAACAGAGCACAGGUAUGUAAGAACUAGAAGGGGAAACCAAAAGUGAAAGGGAAAUAUCCCUAGUCUGUUUUUUCAUCCUGAAAGACUUAAGAAAGUGAACAUUAUAGAAUGAAGCAACCCUAUGUGCCUUUAAGAAUGCUGACUUUGUGGUGCAGAAUAUUUGCAUCUUUAAAACUUGUUGAAUAUAAUUAUAACCUUUCUAGCAGUUGACAAAAUGCACUUAAUAGUACUUUUUUGAUUACUUAUGAGUAUCCUCUUGAGUAAUGCAAAAGUGUGUUGGACCACAGAGCUGUCACAAUGACUUGUUAAUUAAUGUGAUCCAUUAGAAGUAUUUUGUUAUUUCUGCUAUAUUUUCCUCUAUAUUUUUUGAAACUCUAUGUUCUUCCUUAGAUCAAGGGCUAAGAAUUAAAUUAGGUUUUUUUAAAUCUCAUCUGUGAGGCUAAACUAAUCUGAAGUGAGUCUUGCUGCUUGUUUUGUCAUUAGUAGGAAGCUGAUUUGUAACUUAAGUUAGCUGUUUAUCAUUGAAAAACUAUGCUAGUUAUCAUAUAAAUAGAAUCGGUCUAUAAAUCAGUCUCAUGCAGCAUCUGAAAUCUUGUAGCAAUUGGAUUUUAUAUGUUAAUGAUGGUUUCAGGGAUGUUUUGUAGAGUCUUUUAUUUAGUAAAAUAUUAAGUUGGGAUUGUACUUUCUGAAACUUUGUUUCUCCCAAGUAUUCUAUACUGCAGGAGAGAACUGAACCUAUUACUUCAAAGUACAAAAAGGAAAAGUCAGCUAAAAUAGAUGAAUUUGUCAGGUAGUUAGGAAUUUGUUCCAGUUAUUCCAUUGAGAAUUCUGACCCUCUAUGUAAAAAUUCAUGCAACCUUAUUUUUUUUUUCUGUGGUGUAAUUUCAUGUGUUGAUGUAUAUAUAUGAAAGAGAAAUUACUCAAAUCAGGGUUGUUUUGAUAGUUGGCUCUAUAUCGUCUGAGGAUCAUGACUUUGACCCUUCUGCUGAAAUGCUGGUACAUGAUUGUGAUGAUGAGCGAACUCUUGAAGAAGAGGAAAUGAUGGAAGAAAACAAAAAUUUCGGCUCUGAAAUUCAAGAUUUAGAAAAGGAAGGAAACAUGCCACUGGAAGAUUUACUGGCAUUCUAUGGCUGUGAACCUGCAAUUCCAGUUAUGGCUGGUUCCAGUGCUGAUAGCUCUCCAAGUGAACUUGCAGAUGAACUUCCAGAUAUGACUCUAGAUAAAGAGGAAAUUGCUAAAGACCUCUUAUCGGGUGAUGAUGAUGAAACACAGUCUUCUGCUGAUGACUUGACACCAUCAGUUACUUCACAUGAGGCUACCAACUUCUUUCCUCGGCCAUUAAGAUCAAACACUAUGUGUGAUGGAGAUAAGGAAUCAGAAGGUGAAGGCGUAGAGGCAGACAGUGGUAAUUCAUCUGAAGAGUUGAGAAAGGAAAUAAUGGUUGGUUCGCAAUAUCAAGCUGAAAUUCCACCUUACCUUGGCAGAUACCAUAAUAUUGAAAGGGCAGCCUAUGAAAAUGAAGACCAUUUACUUUGGAAACCUGAUGUGAUCUCAGAAAGUAAAGUUAAAGAAUACCUGUUUGAAACCUCCUUAAGAACAGGAAAUGAAAACAUGAUAUGCAGAAUUCCUGAAGGACUACAUACACGGGACAACGAACAAGCACUGUAUGAACUUCUCAAAAGUAGCCAUAAUAUUAAAGAAGCAAUUGAGAGAUACUGCUCAAAUGGAAAGGCAUCUCAGGAAGAGAUGACAGCAUGGACAGAAGAAGAAUGCAGAAGCUUUGAACAUGCACUUCUGAUUUAUGGAAAAGACUUUCAUCUCGUACAGAAAAACAAGGUAAGAACCAGAACAGUUGCUGAGUGUGUGGCUUUCUAUUACAUGUGGAAAAAGUCAGAACGUUAUGAUUACUUUGCUCAGCAAACAAGAUUUGGAAAGAAGAGAUAUAACCAUCAUCCAGGAGUUACGGACUACAUGGAUCGUUUGGUAGAUGAAGCAGAAGCCCUUGGAGAAGUACAUUCUUCAGCCUUAACAUCUCGUACUCGAACAGAAACUAUUCCUGAUCAACAGCUAAACAUUCUGAACUCUAUUACUGCUAAUGAGCUGACAGCGUUGACAAGCAGUGUAGCUACAGUCUGCCAUGAUUCAGAUGUGAACUGCCUGGAUGAUACCUUUCCUCCUAUGGACAGCUUACCCCGAGCACCGGUUAAUCAUGUGCCUGUUGGAACAGAGGAAUUGCUUAACUUGCCUAGCAGUGGUGAAAGUGAUUGUUUUAAUUUGUUUGAGACUGGCUUUUAUCAUUCAGAGCUAAACCAAAUGAACACAUGCAGUGAGGAAACAGAAAGACCUGUGAAGAGAUUGAAAAUGGGGAUUGCUGUCCCAGAAUCUUUCAUGAAUGAUGUCUCUGUAAAUAAUCUUGGUGUGGACUUUGAUAACCAUGCACACCAUAUUACCAGUGCCAAAAUGGCUGUUUCAGUGGCUGACUUCAGUUUAUCUGCAAAUGAUACAAAUGGUUUUAUUAGUACCCACGCUCUUCACCAACAUACAGCCCUUCACUCAGAAUGACUGUGGAAAACUAAACAAACAGUGGGUACUUUAUGCAGUAGUAGUAAACUUAAUGGGAACUAUCAGGUUUGCCUAGUCUUUCACUGGAAGUUUGAAUUUUGACAUCAGUGAUGUCUCUUCAUGUAUAGAACUAUAUCUUGAUUUAUCAAGAGUAAUUUCUUUUUUCAGUCCAUAAAUGUGGAAAUGUUUGGUAGAAUUUGGGACUGUAGAGAGAGGCCACCAUUUCAAAACCAGCACAGAAGUUCUGAACUUAUUGGAGUGGCUUUUUAGUCUAAGUUACUUUUGCCAUAAGAGAUACAGUGUAACAACAUUUACAGGUACUGAUGCUGAUUCUCUGCUCAAUGUAGCUCCCACCCUCUUAUAAAGGGAGGUAUGGGUUUCUCUAACUUAAACUGCACAAAUAUAAAAGGAUUUUUUUUUUUAAUGGAACCUUCUCUUAUGUGAUACUAGAGUACUUCAGUUUAAAACCCAGCAAGUUCAUCUUGGUGGAAGCUAGCACAAGGGACUUAACAUGAGUAAAGUAUGAAGACCUACACUCGGAUGCUGUUGCAAAAUUAUAGACCAUGGCUACCUUACAUAGAAGUAAUUACGCUGUCAGUUAUCUGUGUACUUUAAACUUACUAGCUUAAACAGAUGCAUCGUAGGCUAUUGUAUUCAGAUGGGGUUUGUCCACAACUUUGAAGAUUAAUGCACCUGUGUAACUUAACUUUCCUAAGGCAGCUGAUGUAUGAAAGCUAUAGUCUGCACAGUUUAGGAUUUACCACUAAACAAACAGUCUGUGUUUUGGAAGACAUCUUAAAUUAUUUGGAACACUGCAGUUCAAAGUGUUACAGUUUUGAGGGACUAACUAAUUUUAUUAAAUUAGAACAUUGAAGUAGGUAUCUAAAAGUUUUUCUUCAAAGUGGAUUGCAUCUAUUUGUUUUGGCAAGUCACUGGCUCAAAAAUGGCACUUAACUACAUUGGUCAAAUAAAGGAAAGGAUAAGUAAAAAUGUUUCCCAUAAAAGCAACUAUUUAACUUGAGUAAUUUUUUACUUUGAACAUUGACUGCAAUUUAGUCAUCCGCAAAGUUUGUCUUGCAAAUGUUUUUUUCCAAUUCUUGUGGAAGAACGUUACUUCAGUAGAAUGGCCUCUUUCCCUCUGUACUUUUUCUUUGCACUGUUUGUAUUACAAAUUUAAUUGCCACUAAUUUGUUUUCAUUAUUGAAGUAAUUAAGUUUGUGUUGGUGAUAUUUGUAAUAGUUGCUUCAAAGUUAUGCUGAGUAAUUAGAAAGUAGUGACUUUAAUAAUUGGAAGGGAAGAGGGUAUUAUGUGUACUGUGAACUGUAUUGAUAUCCUGAGUUUCAAAUGCAACAUAUGGAGUUUUCUUUAUAGCACUGUAAUGAAGAUUGUCUUGAAGCAUUUAUGCAAUAGCACAUUUACCAUGUUAAAAGGAAUUUGUUUAGCGCAGUGGACAAAAAUAAUUUUGUAAUCACUUCUUAGCAUAUACAUCUGAAAUAUGUAAUUCUAGUAAGUACACAGUUAAUGGGUAGCCUUGGCCCUGUGUUGUACUCUUGACAUUUUUAGCCAAGUUGUCAGCUUCUUGUUGCUGUGUUUUGUG